AUGCCGCUCACCGAGGCAUACCAGCGAUUCCUCGCAUCACCAAACCCGCUGAACCUGACAGACGAUGUGUCUCUCCACUACAUCCCUACCCUGAAGUCGUUCAAUGAGCAGGGCCCUGUUAUCCGACAUCUCGAGAGCCAGAACAAAAAUGUCGUCAAGACCAAGACCGGCAAAACCAUCAGUGCUGUCGAGGGUCCCAAUGCUAUUGCCAUCGAAACCGAGACGACGCUGGAGUUCAUGGUGGGCGGUGGCGCGUAUCUGCCUGGCAUCGACAGUUUCAUCGACGGCAUGAUCGCCAUCUUGCCCAUGACCCACAUCGUUCACUUCGACGCCGCUGGCAAGAUUAAGCAGAUUCGCAUCUCGUGGGACCAAGCCACCCUUCUCCGUCAGACCGAGGUCAUUGGCUCGAGAGGCAAGAACUGGCCCGUCUACGAUGGCAAAGAUCAGAUCAGACUCAUUGCUACGAGCUUCUCUGCGGCGCCUCCUGCACCAGCCCAGGCCGAAGCGGCUCGCUAUCGAACGAUGGACAAUGGCUUCACCGAUCGUCCCUCGUCGCCCACCAAGAAAUACAUCAAAGAUCCUCACGCGAGUCUCGACCUCUUCAGUCCGAAUCGUCCAGACGACCCACGCAAUGAUAACACUCCUCCUCACGUCGUUGCUCCGCGAGCAUCUGCUCGUCCUCCUCCACGCGAGAUGAGCGACAUCUUCGCCGCAGGCCAUGAAGAUUUCGAGCCAACUCCACGUGGUUCUCCAAAGAAAUCGGUUCCCUUCGAUGCGGUCGCCCCCAAAGGCGCAGGCGCACAGAAGUUCGGCAACGUCCGCGUCUUCGACAACGAUGACGAGAAGGAGACCAAGAUUUACCGCACCAAUCCCGCUCGCUAUGAUCACUUUGACAUUGGCGAUGGAGACGAGAACGAUCCGCUCCAGCACAAGAGCAGUCAGAAUCGAGAGAAGACGGCGGUCCCUAUGCGCGCAAAGACAGAUAAGCAUGGCUCACAAUGGGACUUCAUCGACUUCGUCACACCAGCCAAGGUGCCUCUCAAAGUCCGUGAGCAAGACAAGGUCAACUUCGACUGGAAUGAUGAAGGUGGUGCCAAUUCUCCAAGCAAAACCACAAAGCCCGUAGGCCGUCGCGAGAAUGACGCACACUUUGAGAUGAAGGAUGAUGGCACACCGGUCAGUCGCCAGGCCGUCCCGAAGCCGCGCAAGGACGCUCAGCAGCACUUUGCAUUCAACGAUGAGCCUACUCCAGCUGCUCGCCGCAUCAUUGGUCGUACUGACGCUGCUAUGGGUAUCUACCGCGAUGCUGUACAUGACGUCGAGGAGCAGCAGCCAUUGGGCGUCAUCACAAAUCAGGCUGGUCGCAAUAAGACAUUCGGCAGCUCGUGGGAGGUCAAUGACGAUACACCAUCGCCGAAGAACGCUAGCCAGCAGCGAGCGAAGCCCAUGAAGAAAGGUCUCGAGUCACAUUGGGGCGCUGAUGCCGUCGAUGAACCCGAGUCUCGUCCUGUUAGAAGCCGUGGCGGCGGUGGUAGUGGGAAGGGUUUCUGGGACUUCUGA